AUGUCAUCCUCGACGCCAAACCCUAAUGGAAUCUACCCUGUAGUGGAGCUCAACUUCAAAGGUGUAUUUCUUCGAAAUCCUUUCUCGUAUGAACCUGGUAUGAAAUUCACAUUCGAUGAUCAUGAUUUUUCUGGAAUGACAUACUAUGAAUGUAUCACCUUUCUCGAACGGUUCAUGCAAGAAAGUAUAAAGAAGUUAUACUACUAUAAGCCAGAUAAGCCCUUAUUAUCUGGGAUAGCUGCUAUUGUUAAUGAUGGAGGCUAUGCUUCUUUCAUUUUUGAUGUUUAUGAGACCGAUGGUAUAGUUUCCCUUUAUGUGGAUCGUGAUGGUCAAGGAAUAGAGGACCGAUUUGGCUCUGAGAUAGAAGAGGAAGAAGAUGGUGACGAUUCAUGCAUUGAUGGUGGUGAAAAUGAUGACGAAAUUGAAAACCUUAGAGAUGUGGAGAUGGACUUUAAUGAUGAUGAAGUCACUAUGAACAUAACAGAGGCUGAUGAUUUUCUGUCUGAAUUAUGUGGUGAAGAGGAAGAAGGAAAUGAUAACAACAUAGGUGAUGAUGUUGUGGGGGUAAAGAGGAGGCAAAUGUUAAUGGGUUUAGGCCAUAAGAACAUCCUAUGUGCUCAUACAAACCCUAAUGCUUGGAUCUAG